AUGUGGUUCUCUGUACGACGCGCAGCCCUGAGAGCUGCCAGCUCAUCCUCGUCGCUGGCUGCCGCCACCUUGAGACAGCAGCAGCACGGCUCCUUUGCCCUGCAGUUUGCCAAGUUCGCUGCCCGCCCUGCCAUUGUGGCUCCUGCCCGCCUCUUUUCUCAGACGUCGCGUGUCGCUCAGGAGGACGAGGACGAGAAGAACACAGUCGAGGGUGCCAUCAAGGCCGCCGAGACCCUCGGCUCGACCGCACCGGCCACCGAAACCCCCGUCGUGGCCGAGAACGAGUCCACUGGCAUCUACAUUGGAAACCUCAGCUGGGACGCCACCGAAGAAAACUUGCGCGAGGCUUUCGCCAAGUACGGUGAAAUUGUCCAGCUCAACAUUGCCAAGGAUGCCCGCGGCCUGAGCAGAGGCUUCGCCUUUGUGACCUACACCGACAAGGCAGCAGCCGAGGCAGCCGUCGCCGAGACGGCCGAAUCCUUCUGGCACGGCCGCCGCAUCAACGUGCAAGUGCGCAACCCAGCUCUCCGCAGAGAGGGCCGCAGAGACGGCGGCAGAGACGGCAGGAUGCCCAAGAACGAGCCCAGCACGUCGCUCUACAUUGGCAACAUCCCCUACGAGACGUCGGACGUUGAUCUGAACCGCCUGUUCCGCGAGCUCGAGGGCGUGACCGACGUCCGCGUCGCCGUCGACCGCACCACCGGCUGGCCCCGCGGCUUCGCCCACGCCGACUUUGUCGACGUCGAGUCUGCCCAGAAGGCCUUGGAAAAACUCGCCCAGACCGAGCUGGCCGGCCGCACCCUCCGCCCCGAUUUCGCCGGGGGUAGAACAAACCGGGGCUUUUCUGACAGAGGCGACAGACGGUCCAACAACAGGGACGGCUUUGCUCCGCAGCGUGACGCUCGCGACUCUGACGAGUUCUAA